GUAGAAGAAGAAGCAACUUCCGCGCAUCUUCUGGUACCACUUGUGGUUUGUUUACAUCUGUGUGAUUUCAUGGAGAUAUUCACUUUCUUAUGGGCUGCAUGAAUUAUGUCAGAACAGGUGAUGACCACAGAGCCUGCCAGUCUGGAGAGCCUUCGGGUUCUGUACCAAAGUGAUGACUACAUCGUGGUAGACAAACACUGGGACAUUCGCAUUGACAGCAAGAUGUGGUAUGAAAAACUCACUGUGCAGGCACAACUUCGACACCACUUCCCCAAACUGGCAGACCCCAGCACCUACUAUGGAUUCAGGUUCUGUCAUCAGCUGGAUUUUUCCACCAGUGGAGCUCUUUGUGUUGCCCUCAAUAAGGCUGCUGCUGGCCAGGCUUAUCGCUGCUUCAAGGACCGCACUGUCACCAAAGCCUACCUCGCUCUGUUACGUGGCUGGGUGGAGGAAGAAACACAAACACUGGACUUCUCCAUUGGGAAAAACUCCACCGAGGGCAAAACACACAUGAUGUGUGUUGAAGGAACAGAAGGUUGUGAGAACCCGAAGCCCUGCCGGACUGAGCUGACAGUGUUGGAGUAUGGGUUGUAUGAUGGAGACCCUGUGACUAAGGUGCUGCUGCAGCCACUCACAGGUCGGACCCAUCAGUUAAGGGUCCACUGCAGUGCAAUAGGUCACCCCAUCGUCGGGGACUUCACCUACAGCUCCGGAGCAGACGACUCGCCGUAUCGCAUGAUGCUGCAUGCCCACCUGCUCCACAUUCCCCUGCAACCCCAGCCCCUACUGGUCUCAGCUGAAGACCCUUUUGUUCCUACUGUAGAUCCCAAGUGGCUCCCGCAGCGCUCAUUACGAACACUUAAAGACACUGUGGAGGUUCUGCUGGAGCACAGACUGGAGGAGGAGAGGAAGGUCGAAGAGGAGGCGAAAGAGAAAGCAAGGAGGGAGGAGGAAAGAAGGAAAGCGAACAAGAAAGAGAGAUUUGAGGAGGAGAGUGAGGAGCAGAGGAGGCAGUGUCAAGAGUGGCUGAGUCAGUGGGCUGGAGAUUAAUGGGGGCCUCUAAGGAUGUUUUUUAUUUAUUUUUUUAUUUAUUUUAGCUGUUUACGUAUGAUGCCUGUUAAGCAUGUGUGCUCAAAUCCGCUGAUCACCUGCACUCUAUAAAAAAUGAAAUGGAAGCAGGAUAUCUGCAGGUCUUAAAAAAUUCUAUUGAGCCUUACAAGUCAUUGAAUAGGCUUGAACUUGAAAUUGCGGGGCCUUAAUAUCCAUGAACAUUCUUGUGAAUUUCAUUAAGCAGCAUGGUCUGUGAAAGGAAAGUCUGUAUUUCUGAUGUUAUAAAUCAUUAACCAAUUGAUCAAUAAAGCUAAAUAUGAUCAUUUUACUAAUAUGGAUCAACCCAACUCACUAUAACAACCACAUUCAUGCAUAAAAUCUACCUCUUCAUGGGACCAUAUAAUAAUACAAAGCCAUAAUAACUCAUGCAUAUGUAUUUAUCCGUUAUGCUAGGGUAAUAAAAAAAAAAAAGGUGACUUACACAGACACUCAAAUUCUUACGUUCUGUUAUUGAAGCAUCUUGAAGC